AUGAGGUGCGAGUCACUCUGGGUCACCUUCACUUUGACCCUACUGGGAGGUGUGACCCCUGCGGCGGCUGUGGGCAGCGCUGGCACAAGCGGGGUGGAAGGACGAGGAUCGGAGUCACAGAGAGAUACGGGCAGCUUCUCUGCAUUGCCUGGCAGCGGUCCACAUCCACGUUUCAGGAGGAGGCUGGCCCAGGCUGGGGGUUGGCCACGUUUAGAGGAUCGAGAAUGCCGCCUGAAGACGCUGCUUCUUCGAGUGGGUGACCUGGGGCUUGGGUACGAUUCAGAAGAGACUGUCCUCUUUAAGUACUGCAGCGGAGGUUGUCCCAGAUCUCGUACCAACCAUGACCUGAUCCUGUCCCGGCUGUUGCAGAAAAGUGACCUCCCUUCCCUCCUGGAGGAGAAGAUAUUUGGUGGGCCCUGCUGUCGGCCCACGCACUACGAGGAUGUAGCAUUCUUGGACGACAACCACCGGUGGCAUACCGUGGAGAAGCUCUCUGCUGCGGCGUGCGGCUGUGUUGGCUGACUUUGCCAGACCAUGAUAGAGACACU